GCUGUCACCGCGCCGGUACCGGCGGCCAUGGAGGCGGAGGGCGGCUCGCUGGGCCCCGGCGAGCGCUGGGCGCCGGUGGGCGCCGUGUCAGCGGAGGAGGAGGAAGAGGAGGAGGAAGAGGAGGACGAGGACGCAGGGGGCGGGUCGCCGCAGUCGGUGCCGCGGCUGCGGGCCGAGCGGCGCCGGCUGCACGGGGCGCUGCUGGCGCUCGCCUCGCACUUCGCUCAGGUGCAGUUCCGCCUGCGGCAGGUGGCCCGGGCCGGCCCGGCCGAGCAGCAGCGCCUGCUCCGCGACCUGGAGGAUUUCGCCUUCCGCGGCUGCCCCGCGCCGCUGCCCCACGGGCUGGGCGCCGCCCCGGGUGAGCAAGAGAAGCAGGAACAAAUUGAGGUCCAGAAGGAGAAGCACAGAGAGCUGAUCCUGCAGCUCAAGACACAGCUGGAUGACUUGGAGACCUUUGCUUACCAAGAGGGCAGCUAUGAUUCUUUGCCACAGUCUGUGGUUAUGGAAAGGCAACGGAUGAUUAUAAAUGAGCUGAUAAAGAAGCUGGACAUGGACUUGAGCGAAGAUAUCGCAACGCUCUCUCCAGAGGAGCUGCGGCAGCGGGUGGAUGCUGCCAUAGCACAGAUUGUAAACCCAGCCAGGGUGAAGGAGCAGCUGGUGGAACAGCUGAAGACCCAGAUAAGGGACCUCGAAAUGUUCAUCAACUUCAUUCAGGAUGAAGUUGGAAGCUCUGGUAAGACGGAAGAUGGACACUGUGACUGCGGGGGCUCCUACAAAUCCAGCACCCAGCCUUCUGGGAACAGAGUGAACCCAGAAGAUGCCAAAAGGAUGCAAGAAACGGGCCUGCAGCUCAUGCGCCGUGUGCUGGCUGUGCUGCAGAUCUUUGCUGUCAGCCAGUUUGGCUGUACCACGGGUCAGAUCCCCCGCACCUUCUGGCAGAAGGACCAAGACAACAAGGACUUCUCCCCCUUGGUUAAGAAACUGGAGUUGUCGGUGGAGCGGGUGAGGCAGCUCGCCCUGAAACACCAACAGGCAGAGCAGGUUGUCUGCCCCUCUGAGCUGCAGGACGUCCCCCUGGGAGGCAGAGACGAGCUGACUCUGGCUGUGCGCAGGGAGCUGACGGUCGCUCUGCGGGACUUGAUGGCUCACGGGCUCUACGCCUCUUCCCCCGGCAUGAGCCUGGUGUUGGCCCCCAUCGCGUGCCUGAUCCCCGCGUUCAGCCCCUCGCCGCGGACCAUGCACCCCUGGGAGCUUUUUGUCAAGUAUUACAAUGCUAAGAACGGACAGGCCUUCGUGGAAUCCCCGGCCCGCAAGCUCUCCCAGUCCUUCGCCUUGCCUGUGACAGGAGCGGUGGCCACCACCCCCAAGCAGAGCCUGCUGGCAGCCAUCCACACGGUGCUCACGGAGCACGGCCCCUUCAAGCGCAGCGCGGACUCUGAGCUGAAGGCGCUGGUGUGCAUGGCACUGAACGAGCAGCGCCUGGUCUCCUGGCUCAACCUCAUCUGCAAGUCCGGAGCUCUGGUGCAGUCCCACUACCAGCCCUGGAGCUACAUGGCCAACACGGGUUUCGAGAGCGCGCUCACCCUCCUCAGCCGCCUGAGCAACCUGAAGUUCAGUCUCCCGGUUGAUCUGGCUGUUCGGCAGCUGAAAAACAUCAAAGAUGCUUUUUGAUGUGUUUUUAUUGUAGAUCACCCAUUUCCCACAAGUAGGCAGCUCUUGGGCUCAAGAAGCCUGGCUUUUGUAAAACCCAAGUUUGUCUCUUUGAUACUUGCUUUUAGGGAAAUCUUA